GCGAGAGGUGCUGGAGCCUCCACCUGGCAGCUUCCUGGAGCCUCCGCCCGGCACCUUCGUGCGCCAUGCGACGCAGGAGGCGUGCAGGGCCACGGUUUCGCUGCCGCUCGCGUCGGACCUGAGCUGGAGGCGCACCGCCUCCGCGCCGCUCCCGCGCACCGCCGUGCCGGUGCCGGCCGACGAGCUGCGCGGCCGGGUGCAGAGCCUGCUGAACAAGGUGUGCCCCGAGAACAUUGCCCAGAUCGUGACCAAGCUCUCGUCAGUGCAGGUGUCCAGCUGCGAGCAGCUGGAGACGAUCAUUGAACUUAUAUUCAAGAAGGCCCUGGCCGAGCCGCACUACUGCGAGACCUACGCCGACCUUGUGUUCGGCCUCAAGGCGGUCUUUCCGGAGUUCCCGGGCCCCUCUGGCGGGAAGCCCUUGACCUUCAAGUCCGCGGUGCUGAACAUUUGCCAGGGCGAGUUCGAGGCGCUACUGCUGGAGCCAGAGCCGCCCAACAAGGCGCCAUCGCCGCGCCCUCCUCGGCCAGGGCGUCGUCGUCGUCGUCGCCGCCGCCGCCUCCGCCGCUGUCGCCG